AUGCAAGCAAGACGUCGCGAUUCACGCUUACGCUCCUUUUCUCACGUGGCUCAUCGAAAGAGAGGAAUCACUCUUUUAAAGCGCUUAUUUAAUUGGCUACUGCCAUCUCCGACCUCAUUGCCCAGGGUCAUUACGACAACAUCUGGUGCGGCCGACAUGUGGAAUUCAACAACACUUGGUGAGGAAAAGUUUUCAUCAGCUGGAGUGAAUCUAAGAGAAAAUGAAGAGAAGCGGACUGUCCAAUCGGUGAAUGUGACCACAGGGGAGACAGGAUCAGCAGCAGGUGAGGAUUCUAUAUCUCAUGGAGCAAGGCAAGUUGGCUUUGAGAAUGGAGAGCUCGAAACUAAGGUGGAGACGAUUCGAAAUGGCUCGAGUAAGUCUCCAAUAGCGCCAACGACGCCAAAUUCUCCUUUAUAUGUCGUAGGAUCAAGUGUCAAGACCUCACAUCCUCCUAUGAUUUCGAAUAAGUUCUCGCUGCUGGAGGCAGAAGAGGCAAAACUUGCCGAUCGCGAGGCUGGCUGGUCGGCCUGCAACGAUGGGCUGGGCACAGGAAUGCCAUCUCUUCCGCCAACCAGCGUAGUCUUGGAUAAUGCUGUCAAAGGAGAACAGACAGAGACUUUGAUAACCUCCCAGGCUCGCUUCCCCGAACAAGCCGAGCCUUAUGGUGAUGAGCCUGGACUGAAACAUUCACCCUCGAUCAGUGGAUUUGAUCUGACUGGUAUGACGAUCACUUUUUGGCAUGCUCCCUCAUGUUUAUGUAUAUUACAUUGCCUAUUGAGUACUGGUCAUGGAGUAGUAGUUUUAUGCUUUUAA